AUGCCGAGCGACAGUGGGAACAUCUCGAUACCUGAUACAAGCCAUAUGGCAACAUCCUUCCCCUCUUCAAAAGCCGGGAUCAAUGCGAAGAGUGACACACAACCAGAGGAGAUGACUCAAGGGAAAUCAACUGGUCAACAUAAAAAUGGCACCCUUGCAUUUGUCACCAGUAAAUUUUCAGACGAAAGGAGUAACCUAAUGAUGGUGCAUGAGAAGGGGACCCUUGUGGGGAAACACACAUACGGGCAGUUUGUAGUAGAAGGGCCCUUUAAAAGUGACACCAGUCUGAAAGCAGAAGAACAAACCAGUGAAAAACACACACAGGGAGCAAGUGCCACCAAAACCGGGGAGAACAGGAAGAUCACCUCCCCAGCCUGCUCCGCCAAAACGUACGUCGAAGGGGUGACCCGUGAAGGCGGGACAAACGAAGCUGGAAUAAACGAAGCUCGGGUGAACCAAGCCAGGGCCAAUAAGGACGUGGCCAAGAAAGAAAACAAUCCCGUCGCCAACGUGGAAGCACCCCAGGUGGGACGCCCAGCAAGCGAUUCUCAAAAUUUUCCGAACGAAAAAAAAAAAAAGAAAAGGAAGAAGAAGAAAAAAAGAAAAGGUAGUACCCUUCAUGGGGAUGGAAAUGACGCCGCGAAUGAAAGCACGAAGGAACCGGCCAAAGGUGGAAGCGGCCUCCAGUACAACUCCUGGGACGAGAUGGACGACCCGAAAGGGGAGGAUCCAUUCAGCCGAGAAGCGCCCGCCAGGGAAGAGAACUCUAACGGGAGAGACAUCAACGACGGAAGUGACUCACUGGUGGGGGAUACACAAUGGGGAAAGGUGCCAAUCAGCGGGGACAUGCCAAUCAGCGGCGAUAUUCUAACCAACGAGGACACCCUAGCCAAUGCAAACCACAACACGAAGAACCCAGCAGACGGAUGGCCAAAGAAAAAAAUAACCCUCCUUAAGAGGAACGAAAUGAAGUAUGAAAAAUACGCAGUGGGUGGAAAUUACCCCAUAGGAAGUGCCCCUAGUGAAGGAAAAAAUUGGCACCAAGACACAUCUCAGAAAACACUCGAGCAGAGAGAAAAGGAAUAUAGAAAAAUAAGAGCGAGGAUUUUUUCCAAUUUUAAUAAAAAGAAAAAUAUCUUAAGGGUCCCGAAUGACAGCAUGUUCAGGGACGGUUCUAAGAGGGUGCAGGAUCCUCCACCAGCUAGCCAUUUCGCCCCGCCGGUUGGAGGUCCCUAUGAUGCACCGCAUAACAGCCCUUACAGCGCACCGAUAAACAACCCCUACGACACAGCGCUUAACAACGUCUAUUCCUGCGCGAUGAGUGGAUCUUACGCCUCGGCGAAUACCAACCCCUAUGCGACCAACUUCUGCAACCUCCCCCCUCGUAACCAUGACGCCCCCCUUUACACACAUAAAAGUGUGCAUAUGGGCCACAUAAAGGCGACGAACGAUGUGCCUCCUCCACCGCCGAGCUUCUACCCGAGCAGCCAAACAGUUUACCCAAAUUACAUGUACGACAUACCGAAGCAGUCGGGAUUUUCCAAAACGGGUACCUCCUUCCCCUUCCCCAUCGAAUCAAAUGCCAACUGUUACCCGCAUUACAAGAAUGUGAGCUGCCUACCGGGAAGGGGGAAUGUCUCCCAUCGUGGAAAAGCGCAAAGGGCAGAUAAUUGCACCAAGGGAGACACAGGGAAAGACACUCUAGUUGGUGUUUCCAACCAGUACCAACGAAACAAUGGUCGUUACAAUCCCGGCGGUUACAACAUCGGGGGUUACAAUAUCAUCGGUUACAACAGCGGAACGUACCUGGAUGGAGUCUUCACCACCGGUACCUAUAAGAGCAAUGUGCAUAACAAUGGGCUUUAUGCCUCCGGGAUACAGAGUGGAAUCACCCCAAGUCAUCCCAUGCAAGGCAGUGCACCGAUGAAUCACCAAAAACAGAACAACAGCUUCGCCAACAUCACACAUGGAGAUAGGAUUCUCCAAUUGGCGAAUCAAGUGAAACUUCCCAAUAUAGUCAGGACAACGUUCAAAGGAAAUCACUUUACUUCCUUAAGUAACAAAAUGAAUCAAGACGUUUGGAAAAAAAAUAAACCACCGGUGGGGAAGCGGAUCAAUAGUGCCUCGAGGAAGAAAGCAGCAAAUGGGGCAAAUAAGGCAGAUGAAACAAAUGGAGCGAAUAAGAUCCAUAACAACCUCAUCGCUACUGAAAUUCCCAGGCAGAUGGACCUCUUUCACGGGGGAAUGGAAAACAUAAACAGCUCUGCUUCUACCGCUACUGGGGGCGGAGGCACCUGUCGGAGGAAGAAAAAGGACAACAUCGGGGAUGUCAGUGCUGCUCUACCACCAAGUACAAAUGCAUACACAGUGACGAAGACGAAGUUGGCUGUCACCCCCCCAUUGGACUUCUCCACAAGUGAUGUGCAGCUCUGGGGAAAUAGAAACCAGAAAACUGGCGAUGUACAAAGUGCUAAAGGAAGGCGAAUAGAAGGAAGCGCUCCCCCGUUUAAUGCCAAGGGGGAGACCCACACCACCAGGCAGCAACCCUAUUGCACCCAUCAAUCGGGGGGCACGCCCGAGGAACAAUUCCCACGACACACAAAUGAAGAAGGCGCUCUGGAUGCACCGAGUGAUCCCAGGAGGGACCAAAAAAAUGCAUGCCCCCUUCAGAUGAAUGUACCAGAUGGAGGACAGGGGAGGAAAGCCGCCCAGUGGCAGGGAGAGGGAUUCCCUCCACCGCCACUCCACUACAGUGAUUUGUCAUCAGCAGGUGCGCUCACCAGCACGAAGGACACUAAAGGUACACAUAUCAAAGUAGUCUCCUCAAAUGAGGGAGGUAAAAAUGCACCCCUUCCAAACCUAGACGACAUGACCCAUAACGCGGAAGAGAAGGGACAGAAGAAAAGGAAUCCCAAAAGGAAGAAAAGAAAAAAUGCGCAAUGCGGUAUGGCAAAGGGGACGAUUACCCCGAUUGGGUCAUCAAUUGGUACAGCGAUUGGCCAAGCGAUCGGGCAAGCGAUCACCAACGUGCCCAUCACAGCGAUGACGCCGCCCACAGUGAACCCCCAUGUAGCCAACGCGAGACCCCUUACCAGCCCCCAUGGAAGCCCCAACGGACCAAUGCCAAGUACCGCUUACCUGCAAAACCAAAGUGUACCCCCCGUACCAACGAACCACCCAUUGAAGAAGUACAGCGACCCCCUCCUUCUCAUGGACAGCCUAGAAUACUGCAGGGACAUAACCCUAUACGAAAAGAGAUUCGACAGGGGGAACAACACUUUAGAGAACAAUAAGAGGUAUGACGUAGACUUCCCUUCUUUGUAUUGA